AUGCCUACAAUCGGCGUGGACAAGGCUGCGCUCUAUGAGGCACUGGGCCAAGAAUAUACCACUGAGGAAUUCGAGACUCUCUGCUUCGAAUUUGGACUGGAACUGGACGAGGAUACUUCGAAUUCGGAGCGGCCGAUUGUCAAUGGCAAACAAGAACCUGCGCAGCUCAAAAUUGAGAUCCCCGCCAACAGAUAUGAUAUGCUUUGCUUCGAGGGCAUAGCUCUGAUGCUCAACAUCUUCCGCGAAAAGACCCCACUUCCCAACUAUCGAUUGAUUGCGCCCAAGAGUGGGAAGUUGGAGACCAUUACUGUUCAUCCUGAUACGCUGAAAGUGCGACCAUACGUCUCCGGGUCUAUCCUACGGAAUAUCAAAUUCACACAAGAAAGUUAUGACUCCUUCAUAUCAUUGCAAGACAAGCUGCACCAAAACAUUGCCAGACAACGGACUCUAGUUGCUAUUGGUACUCAUGACCUGGAUACCAUCAAAGGCCCCUUCACUUAUGAAGCAUUGCCACCCAAGGAUAUCAACUUCACACCGUUGAACCAGUCGAAGUCGAUGAACGCGGAGGAAUUGAUGCAGUUCUACGAGAAUGAUAAGCAUCUAGGGAAAUAUCUACACAUUAUCCGCGAUAAGCCAGUAUACCCUGUGAUCUACGAUUCCCAGCGGAUAGUGUGUUCGAUGCCACCCAUCAUCAAUGGCGACCACUCCAAAAUUAGCGUGAACACAAGAAACGUCUUCAUCGAGAUGACUGGAACCGACCGGACAAAGUUAGAGAUUGUCAACAACAUCAUUGUAGCAAUGUUCUCGCAAUACUGCGACGAGCCGUUCACUAUUGAGCCAGUUAAGAUCAUUUCGGACCACAACGGCGAGACAAGACAAACACCAGACAUCAGUCCUCGGAUAGCCGAGGCGGAAGUAGACUACAUCAACAACUGUUGCGGACUCUCUGAAUCCCCCGAGCGCCUAUGUCAGCUAUUAGACAAGAUGUGCUACAGAGCGACACCUUCCAGCACUUCAAAGAACAUCCUCGAGGUCUCCAUCCCCCCCACCCGCGCGGACGUCCUCCACCAAUGUGACAUAAUGGAGGAUGUAGCGAUUUCAUACGGCUUCAACAACCUUCCCCGCACUUCCCCCAAUAAGGCCUCCACCAUCGCCCAACCUUUAAUGAUCAACAAGCUCGGCGACAUUGUACGGAUGGAAACCGCCAUGGCAGGCUGGAGCGAGGUCAUGCCUUUAAUUCUCUGUUCGCACGACGAGAACUUCGCCUGGCUCAACCGAGAGGAUGACGGAUCCACCGCCGUGAAACUCGCCAAUCCCAAGACAGCUGAGUAUCAAAUCGUGCGCACAUCCUUACUGCCAGGUCUACUAAAGACAAUCCGGGAGAAUAAAAAACACAGCGUCCCUAUUAAAGUCUUCGAAGUCGCCGACGUAGCAUUCAAAGAGCUUUCCUUGGAGCGCAAAUCCCGCAACGAGCGUCACUUUGCCGCUGCGUGGUACGGGAAGACCUCCGGCUUCGAAGUCGUGCAUGGCUUACUCGAUCGCAUACUUCUCAUGCUUAAAACCGCAUUCUUAACUAACGAGGAGGGUAUUGCUGGUAAAAAGAGCAUCGACUAUGACGUCAAAGAAGUACCCGCAAAGAAGGAUGGGUAUUGGAUCGAGGAGAUUGACGAGCCCACUUUCUUCCAGGGUCAUGCCGCGGCGGUUUAUAUUAGGGUGAAUGGGAAGGAGGUUAGAGUCGGGGAGUUUGGCAUCUUGCAUCCCACGGUUUUAGAGAAGUUUGAGUUGAGGUAUGCUAUCCAUUCGCCCUCAACCCCUGUGUCGUUUUCUCUAGGUUAUGAGGAGGGUGCUAACAUUAGUACCAAGGUAUCCCGUGAGCACGCUCGAGAUCAACCUUGA